UCUAGCGAGGCACCGUACGUGAAAAACCUUUCACAAGCAGCAAAGAACGCGAGCGGCGGCACGCGCGGAGAUGGCCGCGGACGCCGCCACCGCCCUCUUGCUGCGGUGCGUGGUGAUCACCACGCUCCUGCUGCCGCGCGCGAUCGCGGCCUACGUCUACGGCGACAGCGGCUUCGGCAUCCCCCGCAAUAGUACCGAGCGCUUCCUCUACCUACAGAACCAGGCCCGCGCCGACGUCGGCGUCGCGCCGCUCGCGUGGGACGGCACGGUGGCCGCGUACGCGGAGAAGUACGCCGCCGCGAGGAAAGGUGACUGUGAUCUCAAGCACUCCGGCGGACCAUACGGGGAGAACAUAUUCUGGGGCAGCGCGGGCGCCAACUGGACGGCCACCGACGCGGUGGCCUCGUGGGCCUCGGAGAAGCAGUGGUACAACUGCAGCGACGACUCGUGCGACGCUCCCGGUGGGCGAGGGUGCACCCACUACAAGCAGAUGGUGUGGGCGAAGACGACCAAGGUCGGGUGCGCGUCCGUGAGCUGCGACGCGAACCGCGGCACGUUCAUGGUGUGCGAGUACGAUCCACCAGGCAACGUGCCGGGUGUCCAGGCGUACGCCGGAUGCGGACACUUCAAUCAAACAGCGCAGAGUUCACCGCAAGAUUUCCUCAACCUCCACAACGCAGCCCGGGCAGGCGUUGGCGCGGGCAUGCUCUCUUGGGACAGCACCGUGGCCGCCUACGCCGCAGACUACGCCGAGAAGCGGAAGAGCGACUGCAGGAACGUUCACUCCAAUGGCCCGUACGGCGAGAACCUGUUCCAGGGAGUCGCCCACAUAAGCUGGACCGCCUCGGACGCGCUCUUCUCCUGGCUAGGGGAGGCGAAGAACUACAACUGCACCGGCAACACGUGCAAAGACGGGCAGGAGUGCGGUGAAUACACCCAGCUCAUGUGGACCAACUCCACAAGGGUUGGGUGCGCGAGCGUGACCUGUGACGACAGUGCGGGUGGCGGAACGUUCAUCGCCUGCAACUACGACCCCCCGGGCAACGUCGCCGGCCAGCGUCCCUACAGCUGCAGCCAAGCCGGCAUCUCCUUGCCAGGGCUGGUUCCUGAUAAAGGAAAUGGUACUAAUCAGCAGGCAAACGGCAAUAGCUCAACUGGAAACAGCAGCAGCAGCCAAAGCAGUAGCAAGAGUAACCCUGCAAUCCUGCCAAUUGUCCUUCCUGUGUCGAUAGGACUUGGUAUAAUCUCAGCUAUUUCAAUAUGCCUGUGGAGAAACAGAUCAAGUUUGAAGAGAAGGCAAUCAUCUUGUUCAGAGGAAGUUGAAGAUAUUAAAUCAGUGUUGUUGGACCCAUCAGUGAUAAGAUCAGCUACAGGUAAUUUUGCUGAAGAAAACAAACUAGGGGAAGGAGGAUUUGGCAAAGUCUAUAAGGGCUUAAUGCCAGAUGGUCAAGAAAUAGCAGUAAAAAGACUAGCAAAAGGAUCAAAGCAAGGUCUGCGUGAGCUAAAAAACGAGCUCUUGUUAGUUGCUAAACUCCAACACAGGAAUCUAGUUAAGUUACUAGGAGCUUGCCUAAAUGAAGAAGACAAGUUGCUUGUGUACGAGUACAUUCCAAACAAAAGUCUUGACACCUUUAUUUUCGAUGACAAAAAGCGUGAACAAUUGGCUUGGGAUGCACGUUACAAGAUCAUUUGUGGUAUUGCUCGAGGCUUGGUAUACCUACAUGAUGAGUCUCGUGUGAAAGUUAUACAUAGGGAUUUAAAACCAAGCAAUAUAUUACUUGACAUGGAUUUGAAUCCUAAGAUAUCUGACUUCGGCUUGGCAAGUGUUUUUGAGGGAGACCACACAAAUCAUAUCACAAGACGAGUUGCCGGAACCUAUGGAUAUAUGGCACCUGAGUAUGCAGUUCUUGGUCAUGUUUCCACUAAGUCAGAUAUCUUUAGCUUUGGAGUAAUUAUUCUAGAAAUAUUGACUGGGAGGAGAAACACUAUCUCAUCUGAAACAAUAUGGACUGAGCAUCUUUUAAGCUAUGUAUGGGAGAAUUGGACUAGGGGCACAAUAACAGAGAUAGUGGAUCCAUCAUUGCGCUGUAGAAGUGCCGAAAGCGAGAUUCUCAAGUGCAUACACAUUGGACUAUUGUGUGUUCAAGAGAAUCCAGGUGAUAGGCCCCGGAUGUCCAAUGUGAUUCUGAUGAUCGUUGGGAAAUCUACAACCUUGCCAGCUCCUUCCAGGCCUGCCUUUCUCUUUAGGCUGAAUGAUGAGAACCAUAUCCAUCAUGGUAUUAACAAUCUGAAUCCUUCACUCAAUAAGGUGACGAUCACAGAACUUGAACCAAGAUAGUUGCAAGUUGCAACCACCCAGUACAUAGCUAUGGAUUAAGGGGAAAUUAGGAACACCAUCGAAAUGCUUUUUUUUUUUGGGCUGACUGUGCAUCUUAUGAACACUUGUAAAUUGGAUAUCUUCAUAACUUGGGGAUGAUAACGUAUGAGGUUAAGUAAUAAUAGUACGCAAAACCUGAAACUCUUUUAGAAGAGGAUUAAGUAAAAGAAAGAUGGUUUCAAGCAUCUUGAUUUUAUA